UUCUCCGUGGACAUUCCGUAACGUUAACUUGUCAAAUUUGAAAACUGGAGUAAUCGUUUUUAUUCUAUGUAGAAUCUUACGUGGUGGUUGUAUCUAAUUUCGGACAUAUGGUUAUUUAAUUUUUACGUAUAUGUUAAGGAAUAAGCUGAUAUAUAUUUUUUUGGCCAGUUUCGUGGGAUAUUUGGACAAGCACGUGUUUGAUAUUUGACGAAGUGGCUGUGUAUUUUGCAGUAUUAUGUCACUAUUUAAAGCAAGAGAUUUAUGGUCUGCACAAUGUGGUGAAGAUGAAAUAUUUGAUCACACUAGUAUUAUUACAUCUAAUUUGGGUAGUCGGUGUGAUAAAGUUAUAGUUGGCAGUCAUUCUGGGUACUUGCGUGUAUUUCAGCCUUCAUUCGUGAGAUUAGAAGAAGAUAAGACUAUUGGCUAUAAACCAACGGAUCUUCUAAUUGAGACACAUCUUCCACAGCCAAUACUUCAAAUUAGCGUGGGAAAACUUGUCUCAGGUUCUCAGACUGAGCACUUGAGUGUGCUUCAUCCGCGGAGUGUAGCUGUGUAUAGUUUGGUGACGAGAGCUGGUGCUACUGAGCAUGGUGACCAAAGUCGUUUGGUUCUGGCAUAUGAGCACCAGCUGCGCCGAUCUGCAUUUUGUAUGGUGCUGGGACCGUUUGGUGGUGUGAAUGGCAGAGAUUUUCUGUGUGUCCAGUCCCUUGAUGGCGCUCUAAGUUUUUUUGAGCAGGAAUCAUUUGCUUUUGUCCGUUUUCUCCCGGAAUUUCUGUUGCCAGGUCCGAUGGUGUUCUUGCCUCACACAGAUUCAUUUAUUACUGUAACGUCCAACUGGAAUGCAGAAAAUUACAGGUAUCAAGUUUUGGCUGAGGCCGGUGGACCAGGCGACGAGAAGUCUGCUUCUGGCCGUAAGAUAUCUGCCGAGUGGAGUUACAACAUAGGUGAAGCGGCAUUGGACGUUAUCGCUGUUACGUGGUCAGAUUCCUACUGCGAUAUAUUAGUGCUUGGGGAGAGAAAUCUCUUCUGUCUGAAAGAUAAUGGAACAUUGAAGUUUAUGAAGAGACUGGAAUAUAAACCUUGCUGUUUUCAUCCAUACUUUAUUGAACCUGAUGGGAAACUGAUGAUUCUUGUAGUCACAGAUACCAAUACGUUGCUCGUCUACGAGCACACGAGAUUGCGCUGGUCUGCACAGCUCACCAUCGCUCCGGUUGCCGUCGCUAGGGGAACAUUUGAAAUAAUAAAUUCGUCUCAGCAGAAGUCUAGCAUGAGUGGUAUAUUGGUUCUACUCUCAGAACAAGGCGAACUUCAGUGUUGCUUCCUCGGCACAGAACCGUCGCUGUUCGUGGCUCCACCCCUGGAAAUUCAUGCCAUAGAUUAUGAACAAGCAGGGAAAGAAUUAUCAGAAUUACAACAAGUCGUCAAGGAAUAUACAAAGAGAGGUGCUGUCUCGUUAGCAAGUACGGCUGCAGAGCGAGAAGUGAGAGUAACACUAAGUGUUAAUUCACAAUUGGAACCGUGUCCGUUUCCGCACAAUAUUAAUGAGGAGGGAAUAGAGAUUCCCAUGUGCCGAGUAUCGGUGGAGCUGUCUCCUCACUCCGCGCUGAGCAAGGUGCAGGUGUCCAUCGUCGCUCAGCCGCCACUGACCGUGUCGCAAGCGUCUCACACCAUCAGCAGCUUGUGUGAAAGAACUCUCAUAGUUACUUAUGUUUACAUGGAACAAAAUUGUGAUGUCCCGACGCUAGAAGUACGAGCCGUGACAUCCUAUUUGGCCGGCGCCGGAGGAUUCCCGCGCGUUCUGCAUAACGUGGCGCAGCUGCCCCUAAAACUAGUGGCAUUUUUCAGCACUCCAGCAAAAGAAGCAGACUUCAAAGUUACGCUCAACACAAACCAACCAGUAGUAAACCUCGCACAACUUUUCCCGGAGUUUGCUGGUGACGGUGCCCUGUCUGGCGCGAGCAAUGCGGCUGGGUUCCAGUGUUACGGAGGGAGAGGCUCCGUAGUGACCAUUCUGGCCGCUAAGUCUUCGCAGCGCUACCGUCUGCAGUGUGAUGCGCUGCCCCCCCUCUGCCUUCUCACUUCACAGCUGGUGGAGCGGCUCAACAGACACUUUUCAAAACAAAAAGAUUUCACGUGUUCAUAUUCCUCAUCUUUGCCCGUGCACGAGCUGUUUUCAGAAAUUGGAACGCAUUUUCUGUUUAGGGAGAAGGCAAGGAAAAUACAGGAAGAACUCGGCCAGAGAGCGGCGCAGUUUCGAGUCAUCCAGCGCCGUCUGCUGGCAAAAUUCAAGGACAAGACGCCGACUCCCUUAACCAAUUUGGACAACCUCCUGAAGGACACGUACCAGCAAAUUCUUGUCUCCGCUGAUGAAAUGGAGGAGAUCCAGCAGGCCCUGUCGCGUUCCCGCUGCCAGCUGAGCUGCAUCGUCCGCCUCAUCCUGCUCAUGGUCAAAUUAAUGAACGCCACUGCCGAGGAAGAUUAUUCUGAUCUUAGGGCCGCUCUCACUUCAGAUGUUUAUGAUACGGAGGAACAGGGUUGGGAAGAGGUGACAGAAGCGGCCUUAUCUCACCUGCUACGAACUUCUCUGGCCAAGGCCUCGAAGCCGCAGCGCCCGGCCCCGAUAACCCUGGAACCGAUGAAAGACGUGGCGCGUCUCAAGAAACACGUGUCUUCGGCGUUGGAUCGCGUAUCUAAAGGCAGCCGCAAGCUCGAAAGGAAGGAUAACGUCAGCGAGUCGGCUAAAGCCGUGAAAUCCGUCUCGCCGAUACCGGAAGACGCCGAAGGAGUCCACGAUGACGUCCCGGUGGGUUCGAGGUACGGAGAGAGGACGGUCUCUGCAAACCCGCGCGGCAGGUCGGCCGCGAGGAUGAGAGCUCGUCGAGCCGCGGCCCAGACUCGAGAGAUGCCGGACAGUCUGAAUCCCAGUCCAGGAGCGGACGAGGAACGCGCACCGCCUCCUGAUCGUCGCGUCGGAUUAAUUGAGGGUCCCUCAGAAGUUUCUGCUUCUGGGGACGAUGAUAUCUGGUGACGAGAGUAUCUGUCGUUGUGGAAGAUGACGUUUUGUUUUUCUGUGAUUUGUUUUGCGUCGCAAGGUCUGCGGUCUUACCACCACGAAGUGCAAGUCUGGAGCACGUCCAUCUGAUUUGAACGUCGCCUUCGAAAUGCAAUGUGGAAAAUGUUGUAUUGUCUUGUCUAGUCAUGGAACGGAUUACUUGUUAGCGUGGCCUUCGUUAUUUGCUGUUAUUUUAAGGAAUAAUAUUACGCAUACAAAUAAAAAAUAAUUUUAUUAUUUUGAUGAAAUGUUAAA